AUGGGCUGCGUCCACGGGCGACCGGCCUCCUCCCUCCCCUCCCCCUCCCCCUCCGCCGCCUCCGAGCGGCGCCGCCAGAAGGAGCGGCGGCGCCACGGCGAGGGCGCGGCGGUCGAGGCCGCGGAGGCGCGGGAUCCGGCGCCGGAGAAGGAGGCGGCGCCGCCGAGGAAGGAACAGGGCGGAGGCGGAGGAGGAGGCGACGGGGAGGCUCCGCCUCCGCGGAGGGAGCGGCGGCGCGCGCCGAAGCCGGAUCCGAGGCUCGGCUCCUUCUCCAGCCGCGCGCGCGGCGAGCAGGUCGCCGCCGGGUGGCCCGCGUGGCUCUCCGCCGUCGCCGGCGAGGCCAUCAACGGCUGGACACCUCGCCGCGCCGAUACCUUCGAGAAGAUCGAUAAGAUCGGGCAAGGGACGUAUAGUAAUGUUUACAAGGCUAGGGACAUGUUAACCGACAAAAUCGUGGCCUUGAAGAAGGUCCGGUUCGACAAUUUGGAGCCGGAGAGCGUAAAAUUCAUGGCCCGGGAGAUCCUCAUCCUGCGGCGGCUGGAUCACCCCAAUGUGGUGAAAUUGGAGGGCUUGGUUACUUCUAGAAUGUCUUGUAGUCUAUACUUAGUUUUCGAGUAUAUGGAGCAUGAUCUCGCAGGUCUUGCGGCGAGCCCUGAUAUCAAGUUCACGGAACCUCAGGUGAAGUGUUACAUGCACCAAUUGCUAUCAGGUCUCGAGCACUGCCACAACCGUGGCGUGCUGCAUCGAGACAUCAAGGGAUCAAAUCUUCUGCUUGAUAAUGCUGGCCUGCUAAAGAUAGCUGAUUUUGGGUUGGCUUCAUUUUUUGAUCCGAAUCAUAAGCAGCCAAUGACGAGCCGGGUGGUCACUUUAUGGUAUCGGCCUCCCGAGCUGCUCUUGGGGGCGACGGAUUAUGGAGUUGGUGUCGAUCUCUGGAGUGCAGGCUGCAUUCUGGCUGAACUGUUGGCUGGGAAGCCGAUUAUGCCAGGGCGGACUGAGGUGGAGCAGCUGCAUAAAAUUUUUAAGCUUUGUGGCUCCCCUUCUGAAGAAUACUGGAAAAAGUCAAAGUUGCCACAUGCUACAAUAUUUAAGCCCCAGCAACCAUACAAACGUUGCAUAGCAGAGACGUUUAAAGAUUUUCCACCUUCAUCACUGCAAUUAAUUGAAACUCUUCUUGCAAUUGACCCAGUUGACCGUCAAACAGCCUCUACUGCAUUAAAAAGUGAUUUCUUUAUGACUAUGCCUUAUGCAUGUGACCCUUCAAGUUUGCCACAAUAUCCUCCAAGCAAGGAGAUGGAUGCUAAACGAAGGGAUGAAGAAGCUAGAAGGUUAAGAGCUGCUGGUGGAAGAGCUAAUGGCGAUGGGGCAAAGAAGACACGUAUACGUGAUCGUGCUACUAGAGCUGUUCCAGCUCCGGAGGCAAAUGCUGAACUGCAAACAAAUCUUGAUAAAAGGAGGCUAAUCACCCACGCAAACGCAAAGAGCAAGAGUGAGAAGUUCCCCCCACCACAUCAGGACGGGGCCCUCGGCUUCCCUUUGGGCUCAUCUCAUCACAUCGACCCUACAUUCGACCCCCCAGAGGCUUCAUUCAGCACGGUAUUCCCCACCCAGAAAGGCCCAUUGUCUACUUGGUCUGGACCGCUGGUCGAGCCAGCUCCGGUAGUCAACACAAAAAGGAAAAAACAUUCAAAUCGCUUGUCGAAGCAACCUAGUACGGCCCGUGCUCGAUAAAAGCAAAAGCUAUCUCCUUGAGAGGUAAAUAUUCAUUCGAGUGACGAAAUAACUAUUUAAAUUGUCUCUUAGAACAUCGGGAAUCAUACUUAGCUGUUGGUGAGGUGAACAUCUUGAAUUAUUUCCCGUGCUAUUUUUUUGGACUGCAAUGUAUAGGCUGAAGCAGAGGCUGAAUUAGUCAUUAUGUAUUAUAGAAUUCUCUUGUUCUAUUUAUGCCAGGUUCCAUAGUUUAGUUGUUAGGUCAAUUUUAAGUUUGCAAUGGGACCUAUCCAUGUACCGUUGAACAUAUUCCUUGUACUUUUAGGACUAUGACUCUCUUAAUGUAAGCCCUAUAGAGCACCAUCAUUUAUCUGAUUUUUGGUUGUUAUUAUGCACUUGUGUAAACUUAGCUUGUCUCAAAACCAUGUUAGGGAUGAAUAAAAUCAGACGAAAUUCGGAAUU